UGGUUUGGAUUUGGUCAGUAUAGUAAGGCCUGCUAGAUAUUAUCAUCUUAGAAAGUGUUGCCAACCCCGGGAUUUCCCCGCCUGUAUACUCGAUCUCUGCUCAUCUGCCAAUCAACAAUCACGGCCACAUACCUGACAGUGGGAGUUAUGGUGCACUACUACUGGGGCUUGAAUAUCGCCUCCCCUGCACUGGGGUCUGCGGGACCUCUGAUGAAGAAGAUAUGCUAUGGCCUUGGUCUUCCGGGACUCGUUGGUAGCACUCUUCUAGAUAUCCACUUCGCCGCAAAAUACAUCUUCGUCCGUAUCCUACGAAACUCAAUCCAUCUCACCUCCAACUACCUAAUCCACUGGUCCACAUGGCUGGGAUGCACAUUCUCCUGCACGGUCAUCGCCUACCUAAUCGCCAGCGGGAUCCCCGUGUUCAGCGGCCAGGUUUCCUGUUGGAGCACUGCUAGGAACGCUCCAAUCCUUCCAGCAUAUGGGGUGUAUGUGGUUGUACGAUAACUGAACCGCGACCGGACGGUUUCUUGGGGUGUUGGAUGUCUUUGGAGUGCGUUUGUUAUUGUUUCGGGGACGUUUUGGUUGGUGGCUGGGACGUAUGGGUCGAUUGUUGGGAUUGUGGGCUCGCCUGAGAGGACGGAGCCUUGGUCUUGCGUGGAUAAUUCUAAUUCCGUUUAGAUAUGGCAAAGAUUAAUCAGACAU